AUGGCGGCGGCGCUGAGGGGCGGAGAGAGCGGAAGAAGCGCAGGCAGCGACCCGCCCGCCGCGCCGGCCGCGCGCACACUGAGCGCCUCCUGUUGCCAUGGUAACGCAGGCCUUCCGGCGGCGGCCGGAAGCGGGGCGCGCGGGGCAGCAAUGGCGGCGCCCUCGGCCCCGCCGGCCGCCGCCGCCCUCACGGUGCUGCUGUCGCUCGGAGCCUCCGCGCCCGGGCUGCUGUGGGGUGUCCCCGCCGCCCGCUCCGCCGCCGCGCUGCGCCCCGCAGCCCUGCACGACGGGGAAGUUCACAGGUUGAUCACCUACAUCUUCAUCUAUGAGGACCUGAUCUCCCUGGCCUGUGGUGCUGUUAUCAUCUGGUACUUUGCUGGCAGCUUUGAGAAGAACGUGGGCACAGUGAAGCACUGCAUCCUCACUGCCACUUUCUCUGUGCUCUCUGCCCUCCUCUACCUCUUCCUCCAGCCCCUUGUCUCCAGGCUGCUGGAAGUGGGAGAUGCCAAGGGGUUCAUGCCAGUGGCUUUUGCCAUGCUGGGGGUGUCCACCACCCGCUCACGCAUGAAGAGGACUCUGCUUUUGGGGUGCAGAGUUCCUGUGCUGCUGGUGCCGUGGUUUGGGCUCUGCCUGGCGUGGUUUGUCCCCCACUCUUCCCUCUUGGGGAACCUGUGUGGGCUCCUGGUUGGGGAAGCCUAUGGCCUUGGCUACUGUUUCUGCUUGGAUUUUCCCGAGUCUGUGGGCUCUAAGCUGGACCGGGUGUUCCCUUUCACUCUGCUGAAGAGGAUACCAGGGCUGAAAUACAUCCCAGGGUCCUUGGCAGAGAGAAGAGCCUCUGGAAACAGCAUGAUUAACGCUGUGCCUGGCACUUACCCCACGCAGAGCUACCACUGCCCAUCGCCUCUGGCUCUUCCUGCUCACCCCAGUGCUCAGGGCCAGGGCUUUCAUCACAGCCACGCUCUGGGACACCAGGCACUUCAGCAGGGCCCUGCUGCAGGGCACAGCCUCAGCUCUGCCCCCUGCCAAGGCAGAGGUGCCUUUGGAGAGUGCCCUGGGCAGGCCCAGGCUGGAGCCUCACCAGGACAGUGCUGCCAGCUGGGCAAAUUCUCUGUCCCACAGCGUGUGUGCCCGGCUCAGCCACAGCCACCCACAGCCAUGGGCCUUCAGCAAGCACCAGGGUAUCCAGCAGCCCCAGUGGUUCCUGUUCCAGCUGAAUUCACCAGAGUCCAGGUGUACUGAUCCUCCAGAGAGCAGCAGGACUCACACAGGGCAGGACUGCUGUGUGAGGCUGGCACAGCAGUGCUUUGCUGGGAUCUGUGCUGUGUCUGGGUUAGUGUUGGUAUCUCCAGUGAAGGCCAUUCCCCUGCUCCCUGGCACAGUCUGCUUGAAUUAUAUUUCCUUUAUGUUUUUUUUUUUUUUUACUUUUUGAUGUGGCUGGAGGAUGGGAACUGUAUCACCUCUGUGAACUUCUCAUCCUUUUAAAGUCUUCUUUGCUGCAUUUAGCAGCUGCCUUUUUCCACAAGUCCAAUGGAGUUCCAGUGCACCAGCUCCCCAGGCCAAGGUGGGAACCUCAGUGGCAAAACACUGAGCAAAUCUGGGCUUUAACUAAGCUGCAGCAAUAAGCACUUCCCAUUUACAUUCCUGUCUUUUUAUACAGGUGUGAUGUAGCUAGAACCCAAAAGAGUGAGAAUCAUAGGAGCCUUAGUUUGUAACUUAAAAUUAAAUGGAGGAGGACAAUGUCUGUUCUACUGGUGACUUGUCCACUUAAGAGAGUGCCUUGAAGGGGUGCUUGUUACACCAAGCUGGGGCAGGAAGAUAGAAUACAGAGUACCUUCUUCUGCCCCAACACACAGCUCUAAAAUGCUGAAGGUUCUGUGCCUGCAUCAAUGAAUUGCCCUCAUUUUCUGAGAGCACCAGCUCAGCCUGUAUCACCAGCACUUGGCAACCUCAAAUGCCUGUGAAGUAGUGAGAGACUUUUCAGUAAGGGAUUUUGGCCCUUUGUGGAGCAAAUAUUUAUAAAUCCAAGGAGCUGGGAGGGACCUUAACAAUGGGUUAGAAGAAUUAAGUGGAAUGUAGCAGUGCUGUUGAGGGUGUUCACACUGCUCAGCUUCAGAAAUCUCACCCACCAAUAUCAGCACAAUCUCUCUGUUUUUUGCAGAGCUGGUGGGCAGGUGUGUGGGAGAGGGGAGUUUUCAGCCAGGGAUUUACAAUAGGAUUCACUGUUUGGUGCCUGAGGCUGUAAUGAAGGAAUUGCUGGGAUUUGAGCUUUAUUCCCAGCUGUGUAGCCCACUGUAGAGUGCCCAGGAGGAAUCUGCUGUCUCUGUGUCUGUAAAUCAGUCAAGAUCUCAACAACUGCCCUUGACUCUCCUUGGAGUUUUGCUGUGCUCCAUAAACAAGUGCUCCAUGAAGCACAAAGUGCCAUUCCUGCUCUGGGAGAUGUUCUGGCAGUGCCUCACCCAUCCCCAGAAACUCAACAGCCUCGGGGCUCCUCCCUGCUCUCCAGUGAGCCUGGCCAGAGGCAGCUCUGGCACAUUCCAAACCUCUUUCAUUUUUCCAUCAUCAGGAUGUGAACAAACCCUGAGUUGCCAUCCAGCUGCUUUGCUUCUCCAGCAGCCCCUCUUUUGUCACUGCCAUGGUCCCAUGUGGGAUGCAGGGGCUUCCUUUUGGAGGAGACCAAAGUUAGUGCUGAGAACUUGCUCCUCACAGGAGUAAGACAAGAGUAAGAAGCUCUUCUUGUGAAGGUGAGCACCUAGGCAGGGCUUUUAGCAGCAACUUGGGAACCAACUUGGGGUUUUGGGACAACAAUGUUUCAUACCCUGAUUAUUUCUCUCCUCUGUGGGAUCACAAACAGACUUGAUUUCAUGGUCCUCUUUUUCCUGCUGACAGCAAUGGCAUUGUUAUACUUUUAGUGUGCAGCAAGAGCAGGAUAAGGAGCUUGUUUGGAAUUUAAAAGCAUGUUUUUAAUACCAGGAAAGAAAUGCUAGAGAUAACAUUGAAAUGUUGACACUCCACUCCUGUUAGUGCCUUGAUUUUUCCUCCUUGUGAAAUCCUUGCCUGUAAACUGAGGAAUUUUACUACUGAUUUUUUUUUUCCAGAAGGGUGAUGAGGAUCAAUAGCAAUCACAAAUGUUGUGUGUCUCCAAACUGUGAACUUGAAAUAGAAUCUGAAAGAUGG